UCGGCUCCACCUCCAGAGCUGCGAUUGGUCAACUCGAGGAGCUCCUGCCCAGUUUUCCUGGAAAGUUCUUGGAAAUCUGUCAAAGGUGUUUCCUUUCGCAGCCCGAAGCCCCAGACGCCAGCGCCCCUGUUCCCCUCCCGGCCGCCGCAAAGCCUGCGGUUCUAGGAAGAUGCGGCUUCCGGGAAGGGCUGGGACGCAGCGGACAAAAGAUUAGGAGGCGCCUGGCCCCGCCCCGCCCCGCCGGUCCGGCCCCCUCGUCCUUCCAGGCUGCUAGCUCCACAGCCUUUCAGUCCCUGCUUGCCGGCCGUGAGCCCCGGGACCUUGACCUUCGGGCCCUCGACACCCACUGGCUCCCUUCUGCUUCCGUCCCGCCGAGCCCCGACUCUCGAGCCGCCGUGGCCUCUAGGACAUGGUCCUUUGCGUACAGGGAUCUUGUCCUCUGCUGGCUGUGGAACAAACCGGGCAGCGGCCUCUGUGGGCCCAGUCUCUGGAGCUGCCUGAGCCAACCAUGCAGCCCUUGCCCACUGGGGCACUCCCAGAGGAGGUGGCAGAGGAGACCCCUGUCCAGUCAGAGAGCGAACCAAAGGUGCUGGACCCUGAGGAGGACCUGCUGUGCAUAGCCAAGACUUUCUCCUACCUUCGGGAAUCUGGAUGGUACUGGGGUUCCAUUACAGCCAGUGAGGCCCGGCAACACCUACAGAAGAUGCCAGAGGGCACAUUCCUAGUACGAGAUAGCACCCACCCCAGCUACCUGUUCACGCUGUCCGUCAAAACCACCCGUGGCCCCACCAAUGUGCGCAUUGAGUAUGCCGAUUCCAGCUUCCGGCUGGACUCCAACUGCUUGUCCAGACCUCGAAUCCUGGCCUUCCCAGAUGUGGUCAGCCUUGUGCAGCACUAUGUGGCCUCCUGUGCCGCUGACACGCGGAGUGACAGCCCAGAUCCUGUUCCCACCGCAGCCCUGCCUGUGCCUAAGCACGAGGCCCCUGGUGACUCCGCCCUGCCUCUCCCCAUGGCGACUGCCGUGCAUCUGAGACUGGUGCAGCCCUUUGUGCGCAGGAGCAGUGCUCGCAGCUUACAACAUCUGUGUCGCCUUGUCAUCAACCGUCUGGUGGCCGACGUGGACUGCCUACCGCUGCCCCGGCGCAUGGCCGACUACCUCCGACAGUACCCCUUCCAACUGUGACUGGGCCGGACACCCUGCCCUGCCUCAUACAAUUAUAUCCUGGAGCGGACACAGGCCCCAGCUGGACCUGGCUUCCUGCUGUCCCUCUCCAGUCAUCCUGGUGCCUGUAUACAUACAGAAGGUGCCAGCAAGAACAAGGCAGGUGGAAGGAAGAGGGAUUGUCACACAACUCCGAGGUCAAUGCCUCCAGGUCCCAUAUGGCUCUUUGUGGUGAAGCCACGUGGCAGAGCAGAGACAGACAGGCAGGACCUUGUCUCACCCUGGAGGCUGGACCCAGGCCUCCAUUCACUGGUGUGCCCUAGCCACCUGAACUCUAUAUUUCCUCCCAGGCCUGGUUUCUCGGUCUGCUGGGUAGGGCAGGCCCCCUGCCCAUCUGUAGAGCAGCCAGCCUGUUUCUGGGAGAGUAUCGGCCAGAGGCACUGAGGUUGAUAGUGCCAUCCCCUUGGGAGGAAGCAGGCCAGCCUGGGGGGCUACACAGUUAUACAGUAUUUAUUUAUUUAUUCUCCUUGUGGGGGGUUGGGGGUGGGUUAAUGGCAUGAGCCACCCCAUUUCUCUGCCCUAAGGCCUGGGUGGUCCAAAGAUCCCCAGCUCUGGUUCUUCCCUGUGGAGCCCCCCAUCCCCAGAUGUAUUGUUGGGCCCAAAGUCGUCCUGAAUGUCCUGGCCCUGACCACCUGCAUAUGGAUGUGCCCACUCUCUUUUCUCCCUAGCCUCUUUUGGGAGGCUGGGUAACCAGACAGACGGGAGCCAGAAACACAGAGCUCACACUCGCCUCCUCACAUGGCUUCCUUCACAGAGCUGGCUUCUCUGUGGUGCGUUCCCUGCAGAGGGGCAUGUGCUGAGUCAGGAAGGGGAUGCUGGCUCAAGGGCUGCUCUUGCAGCUCUUUUGUGUCUGCUUCCUGACCAGGAAGUUGCCUGCAUGUGAGAGAGCAAGAAAUACAUACCUAACGAGACUUUAUAAAACCAUUAUUAUAACACAAAAACCAGCUUGGUAGUUUUUCUUCCACUGAUUUUUCUGUAGUGAUAAUAAAAUUAUGCCUUCCAUUUAUGAAGCCUUCUGUGGGCAUCUGGAGUUGCGGAUAGUCUGUCUCCCUUUCAUCCUAUUGUGAUCCAGUUUCACAUCUGGAAAAGCAGAAGCUCAGAGCCUUACAUGGCUGAGCAGUCUCUGCCAGGGGCCUGAGGGGUGAAGGUAACAGAGAGCUGCUUUUCUUGUCAUCUCCCCCCUGUUCCCCUUGGGAAAUGAGAGACAGGAGGUGAAGGUCUAUUGCAUGCCUUCCAGUGUGCUAUCCAUUGCACCGCUGGGGAUGUGGGAAGUGGGGAGCAGAGAGGCUCCAAGCCCAAGAGGUGUAUGUAGAGGAAGUAGCCAUUCAAAGUGCAAGUGGGGGGGGGGGAGUUGGGGAUUUAGCUCAGUGGUAGAGCACUUGCCUAGCAAGUGCAAGGCCCUGGGUUCGAUCCUCAGCUCCAGAAAAAAACGAAAGUGCAAGUGGGCACAGAGGGAGGGUAGUAUGAGAAGAAGGGGCCACAGAACUCAGGACAGACCUGGCAAGGAGGAAGGACAGUGGAAACAAAAGCAUGUGAGAAUGAUGAGGAUCCCUGACAUGAGGCCUGAGAGGGCUCUUCCCGGGCAAUGAGGUAGAUCAGUUGAGUCAGAGAUAGUGACCAAUGAGCUGGUAGGGUCUGGUCUCGGGGAGGAGUGUCAAAAUUCUUGCUGUCCAGGGUUAAUGGUCUGACUUGGGGAUAUUUAGACUGCUGGGAUCCUGCUAUGGCCUGACAUUUUCUCCCACCGUGUGUGAGGGCCUCACAGGGAAGCUCCUCUAAGCUGUGCUCAUAGCCUUCUAAGCCUUAUGGAAACAUUUCAGGAUAUGGUCUUAGUCCUGAGACCAUUAGAAGUUGCAAAUUACAAGAGGUCAGUAAUGGUGGAUUGUGAGCAGGAAGCUGUAUCAAGAAGCGGCAUCUUGAUACAGAAGAGGCUAAAAAAAAAUAAACAACCAGAAUUGGGGAGGCCCAGGACUGAGGACAAGGAGACAGUAAUGACAGAGAAGAGGAAUGACAUCAUGCAGGCUGGGAAGAUGGCUCGGGGGUCAAGAGUGUUUGCGACUCUUUCAGGACCAGAGUUUCCAGUUCCAGUGGAAGUGAUGCGGUCUUCUGGCCUCUGUGCACCUACACACACAGAAACACACACAGAAAA